AUGAAUUUCACAUCGUUUGGUAGCGAAAACUCAGGAACUCAGGUGGGGAUCAACCAUGGUCGGAUAACUCAGAACUAUUUCUCAUCUGACCAACAGGGGACCUCAAAGCAGGAUAGAGAUAAUGAGAUACUUGAGUCACUGGCGUUCCCGCAGAUGCUUGACAGGAGGGAUAAUAUCGAGCCAUGCCACACGAAUACUUGCAAAUGGAUUUUAGACCUGGAAGAGUACCAGUGCUGGAAGAACCAGUCCCACGGUCUGCUCUGGAUUAAGGGGAAGCCAGGUGCUGGAAAGUCGACCUUGAUGGUAUUCCUGCACGACAAACUUCAAAUAUCACAGGACGAUCGUCCCGGUAUUCGCCUCGACUUUUUUUUCACCGCUCGGGGUACAGAAAUGCAACGUACACCACUAGGCAUGCUGAGGUCUUUACUGAACCAGAUUUUCAACCGCGACCCGACUGUACGCCCUCAGAUUCGUGAGAUAUACGACCGGCGAUGUCAACAGUUUGGGUAUGGCAAACGUCAGUGGCAAUGGUCACAGAUGAUGCUAGAGGACUUACUAGCAAGUGCCAUUUUGACAUCAGCCAGCCGACAGCACGUGGUCGUUUUUGUGGAUGCUCUAGACGAGGCUGGGGCUACGUCUGCUCAGCAGCUGGCAGGAUAUUUUCAUCGACUUGUUGGUCGCGCCGAGAAAAGGAAGCUAUGCAUCCAAGUCUGUAUCUCAUGUCGACACUAUCCUAUCAUGGAAAGUGGCCAGGCUAUAGAGAUAAAGGUCGAAGCUCAUAAUCAGCAAGACAUUUCCAGCUAUAUUCAGGAUAAAUUGACCAAGACAGAGGCCGAAGAGAGCGCCGACCAGAAGAUGAUGGAAAUGCUAAUCGAGCAAUUAACCCAGCAAGCGAAUGGAGUCUUUCAAUGGGUUCAUAUUAUGAUCCCCCUCAUCGAGCGGAAGGUUUCUGAAGGCGAAUCGUUUGACGACAUCUAUUGCUGGUUACGUGAGGUCCCAGCUGGCCUGGAAGAUGUUUACGCGUAUAUUCUGAAUGACGUGAUAGAAAAGAGAAACCGCGAGCAGUCAUUUGUCUUCUUUCAAUGGGUAUGUCUGGCUGAGCGACCCCUCACUGUGACCGAGAUGCGGUAUGCUCUAGUGGCUAAGAAUGUGCGGGAACCACUAUCUCCAAAGAAAUGGGAAAGGAUCUCCGGUUUCAUUGAAAGCAACGAACGAAUGCUACGAAGGAUCAAUGCUCUUUCUGGUGGACUAGCCGAAGUAAUCACAAGCGGGGAUAACAGUGAGACCGUACAAGUGGUACACCAGUCGGUCAAUGAUUUCUUGCGUACGAAAGGGCUCAGGAUUCUUUGCCAAAAUAUCGGUAUGAGCAUCUCGUCCAUGAACGAGGAUAAGAUCCUUUCUCAAUGCCAUGCAGCCCUCUACCGGUCAUGUUUAGUGUAUCUUGCAACAGCCCAUAUUCCGGCAGAAAGUCAAGAGUUAAAAAGAAAUAAAGACGACCUUAUCCAAGAUCAUCCGUUGCUUGAAUACACCACAGUGAAUCUCUUUAUUCAUGCGGAAAAGGCUGCUGACUCUCGAUCCGACAUAUUUCAGAACGAGAAGGAUGUCCUCCAAGGAGUGCUUUGUCAACGCACAACACUGUUACAUAUGGCUGCUGCUGCCAAUCUCAUGGAUCUCAUAGAGCCUGCUGUGUCGGAUAUCAAGGAUGUCGAGAUAAGGAAUAGAGAUGGAGAUACAGCGUUACAUUUGGCAGCCCGAUGGGGUCAUGUCACAGCCGGCAAAAUACUCCGGAGGAAGGGAGCAGACCAAGUGACAAAGAACUACAGCAGCAAGACACCAUUGGUCGAGGCAGCCAGUGGAGGACACAUACAAUUUGUUGAAUGGCUCUUAGAUGAGGGCAUGAAUCUGGACAUGAAAGGAGAUAGAGGCGCGCUACAAGCAGCUUCUUUGGGAAGCUAUGAGAGUGUUGUGGAGAUUUUGCUCGAAGCUGGCGCUGAUGUCAACGCCCAGGGUGGUGGAUACGGCAAUGCCCUACAGGCUGCUGUAUACAAUGGAAGCCCUGAGACUGUACAGAUACUGCUCAGAGCUGGCGCUGAUGUCAACGCCCAGGGUGGCUACUACAGCAAUGCUCUACAGGCUGCUGCAUACAAUGGGAGCCCCGACACUGUGCAGAUAUUGCUCAGAGCUGGCGCCGAUAUCAACGCCCACGGUGGUGAAUUCGGCAAUGCCCUACAGGCUGCUGCAUACAAUAGAAGCCCUGAGACUAUACAGAUAUUGCUCAGAGCUGGCGCCGAUGUCAACGCCCAGGGUGGUGAAUACGGCAAUGCCCUACAGGCCGCUGCAUCUAGAGGAAAACUUGAGACUAUACAGAUACUGCUCAAAGCUGGCGCCGAUAUCAGCGCCCAGGGUGGUAGAUUCGGCAAUGCCCUACAGGCCGCUGCAAUUAAAGGAAAUCUUGAGACUAUGCAAAUACUGCUCAGAGCUGGCGCUGAUGUCAACGCCCAGGGUGGUCACUACAGCAAUGCCCUACAGGCCGCUGCCGCUACAUUCAAUGCAAGGCCUGAGACUAUACAGAUACUGCUCAAAGCUGGCGCCGAUAUCAGCGCCCAGGGUGGUGCAUUCGGCAAUGCCCUACAGGCCGCUGCAAUUAGAGGAAAUCUUGAGACUAUACAGAUACUGCUCAGAGCUGGCGCCGAUGUCAACGCCCAGGGUGGUGAAUACGGCAAUGCCCUACAGGCCGCUGCAUCUAGAGGAAAACUUGAGACUAUACAGAUACUGCUCAAAGCUGGCGCCGAUAUCAGCGCCCAGGGUGGUAGAUUCGGCAAUGCCCUACAGGCCGCUGCAAUUCAAGGAAAUCUUGAGACUAUGCAAAUACUGCUCAGAGCUGGCGCAGAUAUCAACGCCCAGGGUGGUUACUACGGCAAUGCCCUACAGGCCGCUAUCGCUACAUUCAAUGCAAGGCCUGAGACUAUACAGAUACUGCUUAGGGCUGGCGCUGAUGUCAACGCCCAGGGUGGCGAAUACAGCAAUGCCCUACAGGCUGCUGCAUACAAUGGAAACCUUGAGGCUGUGCAGAUAUUGCUCAGAGCUGGCGCCGAUGUCAACGCCCAGGGUGGUGAAUACGGCAAUGCCCUACAGGCUGCUGCAUACAAUGGAAGCCUUGAGACUAUACAGAUAUUGCUUAGAGCUGGCGCCGAUGUCAACGCCCAGGGUGGUGAAUACGGCAAUGCCCUACAGGCUGCUGUAUACAAUGGGAGCCCUGAGACUGUACAGAUACUGCUCAGAGCUGGCGAAGAUGUCAACGCCCAGGGUGGUGAAUACGGCAAUGCCCUACAGGCCGCUGCGUUUAGAGGAAAUCUUGAGACAAUGCAGAUACUGCUCAGAGCUGGCGCCGAUGUUAAUGUCCAGGGUGGUAAAUAUGGAUCACCUCUUUUGGCGGCUAUCCAUGAGGGCUAUGUUGAUGAAGUUCAAAUUCUUCUACACGCUGGAGCUGAUCUACUGCUUGCAGAUGAGCUCGGCUGCACUCCUCUUCAUAUUGCAGCUUCAAGAAACAUGCUCCAGAUAUUCCGUCGGUUCCCACAACUAGCGUCAGCACUCAACAACCUUUUGCGAUUGCCCUUCUCGAUUCUGGUGCUGAUCCUUCCCUCCCAGAUGGUUAUGGCCGACAUAUAA